AUGACCUAUGUGAAUUUGUGGUCACUCACCCAGCCUGUAGGCAUCAUGCGAAUAUUGGCAACGAUCCUCACUUGCAUGUCCUUUAGCCUGGUGGCAACAGUGGGACAUGUGUCAUCUUCCUACUGGGUGUGGUGCAUGUUCACCUGGACCUUCUGCUUCUUCUUCACCCUUCUCAUUCUCGUCCUGGAGUUCACAACUGUCAGUGCCAAGUUACCUUUCGCCUGGGAAGACUUCACCGCUGCCUUUGCUAUGCUGGCAAGCCUCAUGUGCUUAGCCACCUCCAUCAUCUACCCCACCUUUUUCACCUGCAAGACCUGCUACCGCCAAAUCGGUGCGUCUGUGGUGUCCUGGGUCUGUUUUGGGGUGUAUGCAGGCGAGGUAACACUAACACGCCUUGGCCCAAGUGGACAGAACAGUGGGUUUCUGUCCACGUUGCCCGGCAUAAUGAAGAUGCUGGAGAACUUCCUCACCUGUCUCAUUUUCACAUCCCUAGAGAAAGACCAUUACAUCCACUCCCCAGGACUGCAGUGGUGUGUGGCAGUGUACUCCUUGUGUUUCAUCUGUUCCAUCAUGAUAAUCCUGCUCACCAUUGGACAGCUGACCUCUUUUUUUCCCUUCUCCUUUGACAAGCUGGUGAUCGGCUAUACCAUUUUGGCAGCAAUGAUGUAUGCGACAGCUAUGGUGAUCUGGCCACUGUACAGUUUCCCCAACAAUACAAGACCCGGUAACUGUGACCACCUCUGUUCAUGGGAUAAACUGGUGGUGGUCACCUUCAUGACGAUCCUCAACUUUAUUGUUUACACCCUGGACGCUAUCUACUCUCUUGUGUUCUUUUUCAGUAACCAGUGAAGCUGCUGCUUGUCAAAACUAACCUGAGCUGAAAACAAACAAAUGUGUUUGAAUCAAAGUGAACGGACAGGUUUUUUGUAGGAUUUCUGUUUCAUAUUGUGCCUAUAGGCCAUUCAGUAAACUUUAAGCCUUUUCAUUAAAAUUAUGUAUUUUGUUGUUGUUUUAGACAUGAUGGAAAUGCUGACUCGAAUAUAUAUUGUGUGCAAAUGCUGUUCAUCAAAAAUGAGUUCUUACAAUAUUGAAAUGUU